AUGGCUCCAGUGAUUCCAUCCGAAGAUACCAAAAAUUCCAACACGUAUUAUCUCCCUCAUCACGCCGUGCUCAAGCCAAGCAGCACCACCACAAAAUGUAGAGUGGUUUUCGAUGGAUCUAGCAAAUCCUCAACGGGAAUUUCGCUCAACGAGUGCCUCAUGGUGGGGCCGACCGUUCAGGAUUCAUUAUAUGCCAUCGUCAUACGGUUUCGUAUGUACGAGAUUGCACUCGUUGCAGAUAUAACAAAAAUGUAUCGCCAAAUAUGGGUACAUCCCGAUGACAGAAGUCUUCAGCGUGUUUAUUGGCAAAGCAAAACUGAUACAGACGUCCGCACAUAUGAGUUGACUACGGUGACAUACGGCACUGCAUGUGCUCCGUAUUUAGCUAUCCGAUGUCUCCAGCAACUUUCUCACGAUCAUCGGAGGAACGAAGAUGAUGCUGCUGAAAGAAUUGGAAAAGACUUCUACGUGGACGAUUUUCUCAGCGGUGCUGACAAUGAAGACGAAGCAGUACAAUUGUACUCUGAUGUUAAAAGCAUCCUCGCGUCGGCAGGAUUCGAGCUCAGAAAGUGGAAUUCGAAUUCAUCAGAAGUAUUGUCAAACAUCCCAGCAAAUUUGAAAGAUGAUAAAUCGAUUGUAACAGUUGACGAUGUACAAGGAUCCGUUAGCACGCUAGGUCUGCUUUGGCAUCCAGAAUCAGAUACGUUCAGAUUCAAAGUUCCAGAAUGCUUCAUUAAUGCUCCAAUCACGAAACGAAUCGUGGUCUCCGAGAUGUCCAAACUUUUUGAUCCUCUGGGAAUCCUGGGACCAAUUGUCAUCACAGCCAAAGUAUUUGUCCAGUUACUUUGGAAAUCGAAACUGGGCUGGGAUGAAGUGCUCCCCAGCUCGCUUUGCAACGUGUGGGAAAAUUAUAGACGAGGUUUGAAUACGCUCGAAUCAUUCUCUAUUCCACGCUUAAAGAAAGCUCCAGGUUCUGGAAAAACUAUUCAGCUUCAUGGGUUCUGCGAUGCAUCCAAAAAUGCAUAUGGUGCAUGCAUUUAUGUCAGAAGUGUAGGCACGAAUGGUAUCACCACAACUCGUCUAUUAACAGCGAAGUCAAGAGUAGCUCCCAUCCAGACCCUAUCAAUCCCUAGGUUAGAGCUCUGCUCUGCUGUUCUUCUUAGUCAUUUACACGAAAACGUUAUGCUAAAUCUCAAUAUGAAUAUUAAUUCCUUCUUCUGGUCUGACUCGUCGAUCACCCUGCAUUGGCUGCACAAUCCACCAUCGAACUACAACACCUUCGUGGCAAACCGUGUCGCGGAGGUACAGCGACUAACAGAAGGAGGUAUUUGGAACCACGUCGCCGGGUUGGAGAAUCCGGCUGAUCUCAUCUCCAGGGGCUGCGAUCCCUGCGAACUUAUCAACAAUACCCUGUGGUGGAAGGGUCCACCAUGGCUAUCGUCUGACCGUUCAGAAUGGCCAAGCAUGUUUCCUGUUCCUGAUGUAAAGAAAUUUCCUCCAGAAGUCGUCGAAGCGAAGCCCUGUUCGCUUGCAGCGGUUACCAGAUCAUCAGGCGUCACUGAUUGCACGCUGUUCACCCGCUAUUCGUCACUGUCGAGACUCACCCGCAUCGUCGCAUACUGUCGCCGGUUCGUGCAUCACUGUCGGAUCAAGUCUGCUGGAUCCGAUUUGCAACUCCUUCCGCAUUUAACAUCAGAUGAACUCCGCCAAGCGUUAAUAAGCUUCGUCAAAGUGGUACAAGAAGAACACUUCAGCAACGAAAUCACCAUUCCAAGCCAAAGAUGA